UGUCGUUGAAAGUUAUAGGGACUCUUGAGGAAGAAAUGAGGAAGCGUCGUCGCUCAAGGAUUUAUUUAAAAAGCGAGUGGAAGCAACAACGUGCAUUCCAGCGUGCGCUAAGCUUUGGUAUGAGGGGUUAAAUUACGCUCCUGCGCGACCCCCUUCACCCCCGCGGCGGACGUCCUCCGCCGCGCCAGCAGCAGCAGCAGCGGCGGCGGUCGCGGCAGCGUUCUCCACUCUCCACUCUCCUCGUCGCCGGCGAAUUCGUCGUCAUCAUCGUCGUCGUCGCCGCGCCGCUCAGCAGUGGGUUCCCUCAGUCUUCGCUCGCCGGCCGUUGGCAGUGGAUCCGUCGAUCGCGCUCGAUUCGCUGAUCGUGCCGCCUGUGUUCGUACACCUCGCGCACUCCGUCGCCGUUCCCGUGGGCAGCAUGUUGGCCCAACGCGAGCAUCGCGGGGUCCCCAGGACUCGCGCGACCCCGCUCUCCUGAGACCCGUGACGUCAUCUCAGCGGCCUGACCCGCUCUUUCCUCUUCUUCUUGUUGUUCUUCCUCCUCGUCCCUCGGUGCGUCGAUCUCCCAGCGGAGAUCGGAUCCCGUCAGGUCGAUUUUGUGUCUCGAUACAACGAAAGUGUGUGUACGCACAGUUUGGAUACCUCGGAUCCUGUCUGCUCUCUCGCGCGGAUGUGCAAGCCGAGAACUGGGACGCUCGGAUUGUCGUUGGAUUUCCAAACACCCCGAGCUUCUCGCCUCCCGGACAUGUAGAUGCAAGCACCGAGCCCAGGACCGUGCCACGACGUGAGCAUCACCGACGUAAAUUCCAAUCAUCACCAUCCACCGCACAACCAGAACGAACAUCGGCCUCAGGAUUCCCGAAAUUCGCCGUCCUCCUCGAUGUCUACUUUACUAUGCUGCGAGCCAGUGUCAGCUGGCCGGCCACGGGCCAAUCUCAAGCUCGUGCUGAAUCGCAGCUUAAGCGAGCCAGGACCGAAUCCCUGCAGCUUCCCUGCUUCGCCCACUGUCUCGCCGCUCGCGUCUAUCGUUAGCAACGGUAACCCUGCCGAUACGCCGGACGUUAUCGACGAGGAGACGAACGGGGACGGUGUAGGGAACGAAGACGACGAGGCUCAUCGUCGUUAUCACCACCUUCACUAUCACCAUCAUCAUCAUCAUCAUCAUCAUCAUCAUCACCAUCAGCAUCAUCACCAUCUCCUCUCGGCCACUACGAAGCGCUGCAAACUGGAGACCGUCAGUUUGCCCAACAGUCCGUGCGGGGAGAACGGUACCCUCCAUCGUCAGCUGGUGCUAAGCAAGACACGUGUUAUCACUUCCGGUGAUUUGGCCCAGCGUCUCGCGGUCGAGCGGCCCACCACCGCCGCUCCGGUGAUCCUCGACUGCCGACCGUUUAUACUAUACAACGUCAAUCACGUGCGCGGCGCCAUCAAUGUCAACUGCUCGGAUCGCUUCAACCGGCGCAGGCUGCAGCUGGGUAAAGCCACGCUGGCCGAUCUCGCGACCGCCCGCGAGGGCAAGGAGCUGCUCAGGAAGAGGCAAUUCAGGGAGGUUGUGGUGUACGACGAUUGCACCGACGACCUGGAUCAUCUGCCCGCCCAGCACCCGUUGUUCCUAGUGUUGGCCGCGCUUGUGGACGACGAUCAAGAACCAGCCCUGUUGAUCGGUGGACACCGCGAGUUCCACAGGCGACACCGGGAACUAUGCGAGGACACGCUCUUACCGAGCGGCGGUAGCAACGGUGUCGGAGGUGGCGGCGGCGGCGGCGGUGGCGGCGAUCCUUCGGCGACGACGGUGAGCGGCUGCACGAGUCCCGGGCUUGGUUGUCCCGUGCUAAGCGUCUCCGUCUUACCCACACCGCAGCCCGCCGACAUCGACAGUCAUCCGGCGUCCCGUGUGCUGCCUUUCCUCUACCUCGGCAACGGCAGGGAUGCCGCCGACCUGCAGCUACUGCGCGCGCUCGGCGCCACCCGGGUGCUGAACGUCACCUCGCAGCUGCCCGGCUACCACGAGGAACGGGGUAUCACGUACAGGCAGAUACCGGCCUCAGACUCCAGCCACCAGAACUUGAAGCAGUACUUCGAGGAAGCGUUCGAUUUCAUCGAGGAAGCGCGGAAAGCCGGUAGCAGCGUUCUGGUGCACUGUCAAGCCGGCGUGUCGCGCAGCGCAACGAUCGCCAUCGCCUACAUAAUGCGGCACAAGGGCCUGUCGAUGGUGGAAGCGUACAAACUGGUGAAGAACGCGCGCCCGAUCAUCAGCCCGAACCUCAAUUUCAUGGGUCAGCUGCUGGAGCUGGAGCAAGGUUUGAGGGCGUCUGGCGGCGUCGGCAGCUCCGGAGCGUCGGAGGAACCCACGACGGGUUGCCACCAGUGCAGGUGGAGUCACCAACCCAACAGCGAAGAGGUCACCUCCGGCUGCAGCGUCUGAGACCAGAUCCUCCUCGUAUCUCCUUUCUCUCGAUGCCUCUUGAGAAAGAGGGAGUUAUCAAUGAGAUCAGCGCCAGCGUCAAUGCGCGUUCCGCAAACAUAUCUCGAGGCUGAGCGCGAGUAUCGACGAACGAUCUUCCUGCGCCUCUUCGCGAUGACGACAACAACGACGACGACGGAGUCGGUAGAUCGCGGCAUUGGAUGGUCCGCUGUCUUCGUGAAAGUUCAGUAAAGUCAGUCCGCGGGAAAAAUUCCGCGAACCGCAGUGGAAGCGAGAAGAGUCCCUCUCUCGGCAUCGCCCGCCGCGCGAAAUCCCGGAAAGCUUCGUAUUUUUCGACAUUUUAAUCAGCGCGUUGCCGAGGGCUCGCUCGUCCGCGCAUUGUUGGUUCGUGGAGUCGGCCUCUUGACGUCUUGGCGGAGUCAGUAUAAAUCUUGAGAUUUCCCGCGCCACGAUGCGACCGUUCAAUCGAGAAUCAGAUGAAACUGCCGUUCCGACAAAGCGACUUAUCAGUCAGAUCGAAGGGAUGGACGUACGAGAGAAGUACACACACAGACACACAUGUCCAUAUUCUUACGAGACGAGGAUUUAUUGACGAGAGAGCUGCUUGUCACGUGCCGACUUACGGACAGAGCUUUUCUAUCGCGAAGAGGCGCGAGUAAAGCGGUAGAGGAGUCUAUCUCACGGGAGAGUAACUUUAAGCGCGCGCUCUCUCUUUCAACUCUUCGAUAAUGAACAGCAGCGUGUCGGAGGACGUUCGCGCAAACACGCCACACACAUACACACAUACACACAUAUGAUGAACAUACUUGUACUUACGACACAGUGUUCCCUAAAAUAUGUCUGGUCGAGUCAGUCGGGGAAGCAAGUCUGCGUUGUCGCGAGCUUCUCGUUUGUUCAAGCAAAAGCGGUAGAGUGCUGUUUACGUAAGAGGAAGGAAAAGGAAGACGCGCGACGUCGGCGAGAAUGCUCGCUUGAAUGAUCGAUUAUAGGCAGCUCUUAUAAUCUGGAGAGAAACUCGAAGGGAAGAAUUGUUACCGAGGGGUGGAAAUUUGUUCUCUGUUUAGCCGAGCGAUAUAUUGUUAAGCCCGUUGUCAUACUGAUCACGUUGAAACAUCGUUCCGGACGAUAACUCGCGAUUGCACUAACGAUAACGAAUGCGACAGUCGGAGACAAUGUAUAGCUACCCAGCGGAAGUAAACUAAAAAUCAAAUUUAUGCGCGUGCGUGUGUGUGAAACUUGUGUUCUUCCUACCUUCCUGCCGCAUAAGAUAAUGUGAACUCUGGCUUGCCUCUCGAUUGACUUCUCCUAUGAACCAGGCACGAAGUUUUGCUAGAAGAAUAAUCGUCCGCACGAGAAAGAUAGCCGUCAAAUAAAUAAAUGUGCACGGGGUGUCUCGGGGAAGAAACGCAAUGGGAUUCUCCAAUCUGUAGACUAACGAAGUGAUUAAUUUUUUUUUCUUUUUUUUUUUUUUUUAAUGGGUGGAAUUUCGCAGCUGAAAAACUGCACUUUCGCAGAGGAUCUUUUUCAAAGAAUUUUUAAUGGGAAUUUUAUUUUUGCGGACGGAUGAAGGAUCAUCCCUUGUUGAUCUCACGCGAGCUUUAUUUUAUUCGAAAUUUAUUAUUUGAUCAGAGGCGAUUCUAAAAAAGAAAAAAAUUGGGAGAAUCCUCUUUCGAGUUUCUCGGAGAACGUAUCUGCACUGCUAAUGUAUUUCCUUUCUCGGGACACCCUGCGCAUCAGGAUCACGUAAACCGGAAUGUUAUUUUAAUGGUGAUUCUCUGGAUGAGGAAGAAACUGUUCAUUAAAUAAGAUAGAAACGACCGUUAAUUAGUGGCAUUCGGGUAAAUUAAAGAGUGAGAGGUAAUGAGAGCGAAUAAAGGAGGGAAAAAGAUGAAAGAAAUAAGGAGACACACAGGGCUGAGGGGAGAGAAAAUUGAUACAUUGGAGACGAAUCGAUCGACAGCGUCAAUACGAACAGGAGUUCGCUCGUUUACGCCUAAUAUUUCGAUUGCAAAGCGGUUGAUAUUCGAUUAAAGAAAGAAAAAAAACUAAUAUAUCGUUCACUGGAGACAUAGUUUAGUUCGUUAAGCUCCCUAGCAUUUAAGGAUCUGGUUGAGGUCCAACCAUCGUGAUCUAGUCGUUUGUUGGGAUGAUGAUACGUACGAUGCGAAUACGAGACGAGAAAGCCGCGAAGCCGCUCUGUAACUUACACGGAACCCGAAGAAGAAGAGAAGUAACUGUAAGAUCGUAAUUAUUAGACGAUAAGAUAAGCGUGUGAUAGACAUCGAUCGACGCGCCUGGGGCGCUGGGAUUUCUCGCUUUUGUCCCUCGUAUGGGAAAGUACAAAUUCACGUUCGAAAGUUCGCGUGUCCGGUAAAGUCUGAUCGGCCGAAUCCCUCGAAAACUUAAUUUACGCCUUCCCAGUCAAACUCCAAUUUCCCGCAUCAAGUUCCAAGUUUAAUCGUGAUUCGUCACUCGCGAUCUGAAAGAUCGCCGUGACGCGACAAAAACUUUUUCUCUCGCGCUCUUCGUCAGCUCGACUUUUGCUUCCUCCACGAGAUUAAGAAACGGUACGCGGUGCUGUGCCCCAUGCGCGUCCGUCCAAACGAAUCGCCCCUAGACGAUAUAUACACGACCAAGCACGCAAGAGGAGUGCUCGAAAGUGAGCGAGAGCGAGUGAGGCUUUCGCGUGAGUGUCGCGACGCCGUUUGCAGCGUGUGUGAAAGAUGUGUGAGAUGAAUGCCGGCGUAUAUAUGACUGCGAUCUCGCUUGCGUUCAAACGACCAACGAAAGAUCAUACACACACGCGGACGCCUUCGUUAACGACUUACUAAUCACCGACAGACAAUAACUUCGCGGCGGGUUAGCCGCGGAUCGUUGAGAGAAGUCGCGACGCGCGACAUGGAGUAAAGAGAGGGGAGGGGAAGGGAGGGUGAGCGAGUUCCUCGGGGAUCGCGUUUGCGACGAGUUCGGUUAAUUAUCGAUCAAUUUCAAAGAACGGUACAUAUCAGAGCGAAAGCGUUGCCUUGCGAUAAAACGACGGAGUACUGAAAAUAAAAGAUAAACAGAGGUAAAUCGUAGUAAGGCGCACAUGUUA